UUCCUGCUCCACUCUGAUUGGUCGGUUUSUCCUUCGUCAUCCUCCGGAUGUGUCGGCGAUAGCUUUCUGUUCGCCUUUACGUUUAUAUAUUUUUAUUCUUCAGCAGGACAAAAACGCCAUCAUGUCGAGUAAAAAGGCCAAGGGGAAGAACACCAAGAAGCGUCCCCAGCGCGCCACCUCCAACGUGUUCGCUAUGUUCGAUCAGUCUCAAAUCCAGGAGUUCAAAGAAGCUUUCAACAUGAUCGACCAAAACAGAGAUGGAUUCAUCGACAAAGAGGACCUGCAUGACAUGCUUGCCUCAUUAGGUAAAAAUCCCACUGAUGAGUACCUGGAGGCCAUGAUGAAUGAAGCUCCAGGGCCGAUCAACUUCACCAUGUUUCUGACCAUGUUUGGGGAGAAGCUGAACGGCACCGAUCCGGAGGAUGUGAUCCGUAACGCUUUCGCCUGCUUUGACGAGGAGGGCACAGGUGUGAUUCAGGAGGAGUACCUGCGGGAGCUGCUCACUACAAUGGGCGACCGGUUUACUGAUGAAGACGUAGACGAGCUCUUCCGGGAGGCGCCGAUUGACAAGAAAGGCAACUUCAACUAUGUUGCAUUCACACGUAUUCUAAAACACGGUGCAAAGGAYAAGGAUGAUUAGUGACAAACACUGUAGGUUCUUAAUGCACUACGUUUUAACUUUUAUUAUUUAAUUUAAAUCAGCUGUAUCCAGUAGUGUGGCUUCUUACAAAGCAUUGCUGUGGUUUAUAGCUUUUGAAGGUCAUUUGUUAAAGCUGCUCUGWGGAUCUGGGUUUCCUCUUCCCUUUCCAACUGUUUAUUUUAUUGUUUUGUUUUUAAAGCUAAUUUGCACACCUGUUAAGACACCACUACGGGGUCUGUCUGAGAAAGUAAAUACCUAAAAGACCCUCAUGAAUAUAGCUGGAAAUAAACUGACACAUGGUGUUUUAUUGACUGAAUCGUUUUUUGUUGUUGUUAGAAAUUCAAAGUUUUGAGAUUAAAUUAUGUUCUGAAACAAA